AUGCCGUUCCCUUUGCUCCAUCCGUCUUUCACCAUUCGUCUAUCGUGCUCGCUCGUCCCCACCGCUGCCUCUUGUGCCGCAUGCCCCUGGUCCCUUUCCCUCCCCUCUUGCCCCAUGCUUCCGUCCCUCCCUACUCGGCCCCUCAUCCGCCCUCCCCUCCUCCCCUUCCCCCCCCUCCUCCCCCCCCGGCCUGCAUGCAGUGAGCUGAGCAUGAACGCGCUGACGGGCACGUUCCCAGCACCCAUCUCCACCGCACUGAAGCGCCUGAUGGAGGAUCAGAAUUUCCUGGCGGGCACGUUCCCCGGCAACAGCGCCACGUACUGCACCGCCUACUACAACUGCAUCGCCGCCGCCGCCUUCUCCACCUGCAACGCCGCCUUCCCCACCCUCUCCAUUCCCACCUACGCCUGCCAGUUCUGCGGCAUGACCAACGCGCAGGGCACGGCGUGCAUGGGCAACCCGUGUGUGCCCACCACGCCCUCGCCCAUCACGGCCGUCAACACGUGGAACCCCGUCCCUGUCAUGCGCUGCGACCCCGUGCCCAUCCAAGCCUCCCAAGGUAUCCCGCCCAUCCACGGCGCUGCACCUUGGUUUCCAAAGGAUCCCACCCACUGCAUCACUCAACCACCACUUGCCCCCUCAUGCACCACUUUCCCCCUCAUGCACGACUUGCCCCCUCAUGCACGACUUGCCCCCUCAUGCACCAUUCUUGCUGCCUCUCCUCUGCUCGCAGCGGCGGCGCUGGUGGCGAUGGCACCGGGGCUGUGGAUGCAGGCAACGUGCACCAUAGCGGGGCAGGCGUACAUCCCCGGCACGCUGCCCAUGCUCUUCUGCAACCCCGCCGGCAUCGUCCUCGAUAUGUACGCCCCCUGCUCGCCUCGUCCCCCUGCUCGCCUCGUUCUCGUGUUCUUCACGUCUCUUUCUCUGCGUCUACGCCACGUGGGAUGCCUCUCCUUCCUGGUGUGCCACGCUGUGUCUCACAGCCUUCUCACGGGGGUCAACGCCACUGGCGUCUUCCCUGCUGACUCCUCAAAGCUAUCCGCACUCACCAGGCUGUAA